AUGACGAUCUGUACUCAUAACGCACAUGUGCUUGCAUCGGAAGCGGCCAACGAAGAUCUGAUGAUGCAAGUCAAGAAGAUUAAGUACGAUGUCGUCGGACUGACCGAGUCGAGACGACGUCACCCUCUCAACGCCGUAUAUGAAACUGGAGAAGAACUGUUCUUAGGAACAUGCGACAAUGGAGGUGUUAGUGGAAUUGGCGUCCUCGUCAACACGAGAAUGGCAAAGAACAUCGACUCUUUCGAACAACUUACGAUCCGAAUCGGACGUCUGCGGAUGAGAAGAUGCGGUCCGACACCAGCUUUGAGUAUCUUCGUCGCUUACGCUACGAAGAAGAAGAAGUCGAAGCUUUCUAUAUGGACCUGGAGAAGUUCAACCGAGAAGACCAUGCCUUCUACAAGGUUCUGCUUGACGUACGUCGCUGUUGUGUCAAAGUUCUAUACGGAAUCGGACUAUCACCUCCUCCGAGAAAGACUUUCCUUCACAAGGAGAGAAGAGAAAGCCGCCAAGUACAGAGAGCGAAAUCCCAAAGCUAUCAUUAACUGGGAUCUCUUCGCUACGCUAGCCGGCUUUUGGAAAGAUUUCGCAAUGGACAACAUCGACGAUGAUAUGACCGGCUCGUUGAACAAAUUCACGACUGCACAAAGAAGGCUGAGAGUUUUAAAACCACCAAGAGACGUCUGUUUCUUGAAGCACUUGAGCUGA